AGAGUAAAGAGAGAAAGAUAAAGGAAAAGAAAAAGGAGAGAGAGAGAGAGAGAGAAGGAGAUGGAGGCUUAUUAUAAGGUUGGGAGUUUGGUGUUGGCAGCUGCUUUGUUGGUUGCCGUACACCAGGUGUGGGCACAGGAUUGCAAAGCUGAUAUCGAUGGUUUAAUGAAGGAAUGCUUGCAGUACAUUAAGAAGUCUGGGCCACAAGUUCCACCAUCUCAAGGGUGUUGUGACGUUGUGAAGAAAGCCAACAUAACAUGUGUGUGCCAGAACAUCACCAAAGAGAUGGAGCAGACAAUUAGCAUGGCCAAGGUGGUCUAUGUUGCUAAAUACUGCGGCAGAGAUCUUCCCCAUGGAUUGAAGUGUGGAGACACUACCAUCCCAAAGAAAUGAAGUGGAUUAAGGUGGAGAAGAAUAAAUGGAUUAAUAUUGUCCAUUCAGUGAAUGUCUUGAACGCUUAAAUGCGUUUUUUUUUUUUUUUUAUCAAUUUCAUGAAUAAAUGUUGAAAAUCUUAAAAUAAUAAGAAUAAUGUGGCAUACUAUCUAUUAACCACUUGAUCAAGUAUCUUGUUGUGAUGAUGUUGGGAACAUGAAAAUCCCUUCACAUGUAAAAGGAAAUAAAAGAUGUACCACUCUUGUA